UCACAGCGACUAGUCGACAGGCACUGAUUGGACAAUUUCUUUGCCAAAGCAAACUGCCAAACGGUUUUCUGCGCUCAAAACUCCAUUUACAUAACGAUUGACCGGGAUUUAGGCAAUCCCCCAGGUGCCCAACAUCGCCCUCCAUGUGGAAGUGUCCAGUAGAUUAGGAAACAGGCCGAGACAACGGGCGAAAAGCGAGGUGAAAGCAGGCGACACUGACCACGAAAAGGGGGAGGAGGUGGUUCCUCUGAAGAAAUCGAACCCAAUCGACAGCUCCACCACUUGGCGGCGAAAUGGGAAACCUCUAGAGCACUCGGCAGAUGCAAAGACAACUGGGAUCGCGAUCCUCCGGACUGGGACUGGCACUCGGAUUGGUUUUGGGUGUAAAUGCGUGCUGCCGUUGGCCUGAUGCUGUCGCACGGUGGUGGUGGCGCGGAGCCAGCGAUGUCCCGGCCGGAUUACGAGCAGAGUGCUCUGCACCACAGCUGCCUGCUGGUACUGCUCCGGGGUGUGGGACCAUCCCGUGCCCGAAUCCUUCAGCGGGCUUUCGAGAAAGUGCGACGUGUCAACCACAUCCGGGUGAAUGAUUCCGCUGGCAAUCCCCGCUCCAUUUGGAUUCGCUUCGUUCACGAUCACCCUGUGGAGCACAACGAUUGGGGCGACUUUCAGACCCAUCGCCGUCUGCUAGGGCUCAUCACCAUCGGCAAAUUCGAGAGCCAGACCGAACUCAAUGAGCUGUGCCGCCAGCACGAGUCUCUGAAAGUGCGCUAUGGCUCCACUCUGUUCGAAUCCCGUGCCAUUUUCUUUGGGCCCGAUGAACCACCUCUGGAAACCAUUGGAGAGGUAUUAACACCUCCGCCAGCUGGAGGUCGUCGCCUGCAAGAUGAGUUCACCACGCCCUCGAACUUUAAGGCGCAGGCCUUCUUUUAUCGCGAACAGGAUUCGUGCGUAGAUCUGGAAUCCCGGAUUGGAGACUUUGCAAGCGCUUUGUUUUGGGUCCUGGAAUCGCGACGUUUGGAGAGAUCCCGAGAGAAGGCGGACAAGGUGAGCCUGCUGCUAGCGCCCUUCGAAAAGAGAGAUUUUGUGGGACUAGAUAUGGAGUCCAGGAACAAUAGGAAAAGAUGCGUGGGACGUGUGAUGAAGAACCUGGCGGAUCUGUCGCUGCAAGCCGGCCUUGUGGAUGAUGCCUUGAGCUUGUACCAUAAUGCGAAUGAGACCUUGAGGUCGGUGGGCGAUUCCUUGUGGGUGGGUGCCACCGAGGAGGGCCUGUGUGCCGCCUCCGCCGUGCUGUUAUAUCCACAAAUGCGCGAGAUCGAGACACUGCACAGAAACUCUUCGCUCCAGGAGGCGGGCACCUCCCCUUUGAAAAACACCCCCGAGAAGUGGCGUGCUAGUGAUGCCACUAAGAAGAUCAGCGCCAAUGAAGCCACUGUGAACAAUGUGGACUCCACCCAUCAACAACAGCAUCAGCGCGUGACCUCGAACUCAUCUUCCUGCUCAUCAGUAUCUUCCCUUGUGACGACGGCCACCAAUUCCUCCGCCUCUGACACGCCUACCACUUCGUCUUCUUCCACUUCGACGAUAUCGGCGGCUCCGAUUCCUGGACACCAAAGAAACGGCGAUCUACCGGGAAACAUACUCAAGGCGGAGGAGAUCACCAACUACUAUCGCAAGGCCAUUAUUAACUACAGCAAAUACAGGCAUGCAGCCACCAUUGAAACGGAGGCGGCUCUGAAGGCCUCGCGGAUUUGUAUCGAGCAGAAUCGACCCCUGGAUGUGGCCAUGUUCCUGCAAAAUAUCCUGUACAUUAACCUCAGCAUGAGCGAAGCGGAGCGAGUAAAGAGAUUUGAGAUAAUUACGGAGCUGUAUCAGCAAAUUGGAUAUCAGAGAAAGGCGGCAUUUUUCCAACGACUCGCUGCGCUGAAGCACGUGCAGCAGGGCAGUCAAGCGCCUGACUGGAAUCAAAGCUAUCGCCUUAUGUUGGGCAGCUUUACGGGCUAUCUGCUUUGUCUGGAUCCGUUAGAGGUAUUGGAGAAUGCUGCCGGCUGGCCGGCGUUGCAGAUCGAUCUGGUCCAGACCCUCAUAACGGCCGCAAGGCGAUUGGGACAAUCCGCUCUAGCCACGCGGCACAUGACCUUCCUGCUGCAAACACAGUGGGAUAAUAUGUCGCCCACGGAGCAAAGCGAAAUGGCUGUGCAACUGCAGAAUUUAAGCGCCCAGUGCGAGGGAUCUCCUGUGCCCUUGGUGCUAGAGAAUGGCACUGUGAUACCACCCGCAAAUCUCACGGAUCUGCCCUACUGCCUCGAUUUUCAGGUUAAAGAUCUGCCCGCCCAUUUACGACCGCAGAGAAUAAAGGUGGCCAAGGCGGAUAGUGGACCUUUUCUGUUUACGCCUAUACACUUUAACUCGGUCGACAGAAGGGACAAGAAAAAGGACAAAAAUAAAAUAGCUUUCCAGUGGGUGCAAAACGAUCUAAGUGAGGUGACUGUGCGCCUGCGCAAUCCUCUGCCCUUUGAGCUGGCCGUAACGGACAUGAGAUUGCUGACUAACGGUGUGGUAUUUGAGUCUCUGCCCCAAACAAUUGUGCUCCAGCCACAUGUGCCCACAUACGUGGCACUCCACGGAACGCCCAUCGAGACGGGGCAGCUCGAUCUGCAGGGCUUUAGCACUCACACUCUUGGCGUGAAGUCAAACUGCCGGCUGAAGCAUAUGCGUGGGCGUAGCUUUCCGCCCAACUAUCUGGUGGAUGUGAUUCCCGCCCUUCCUAGGAUAUCCGUUAAAACUUCGCUGCCCCAGACAGCUACGUUUAGCAACAUGAACAGUGCGGAUAUCGUUGUGACCUCUGCCAGCCUGACCCUGUAUAAUGGAGAAUCCUCCAGCUGUACCAUAACAAUCACUAAUGAGAGCGCCACGCUACCGUUGGAGCACCUGGAGGUUAACAUAAACUCGAAUGUAGAGCAGGAGCUGCAGAAAAAGAUCUUUCGAAUAGACGAAGAAGCUUUAAAGGCCAAGCUGCCAGUGCCUCCGCAGGGCUCCAUUGAAAUUAUCGUGGAUGUUUAUGCCGAAGCGGACUUCGUUUGUCCGCAGCCACCGGCUUCGGUGCAUUCCAGCGCUGCUGCCGGGGAUUACGGUGCGGCAUCUCUAACGCAUUACUCCAAUGCUUCCACCUCCGGGCACGCGAGCUUACCCUCUAGAGUUGGUUCGCCGCAACAUCGUCGACACGAGCCGCAGAAUUCCAGCUUCCGAUCGACCUUUUCAGGCGGUCAACCGUCGCUGGCUGCCUUGAGUCUGCAGCCAGGCGGCGGAGGAGGAGCAGGACCUUCUAGUCUGGGAUCGCAAUAUUCGCAGCACAUAGAGGCACAAGUGAGAUUGAAGUACUCCGGGGGAGAGGCUCUGACAGCGGGCUAUUGUCGCCAGUGUGCGGUUUCUUUUAACCUGGAACUGCUGCCCAGCGCGCAGAUAACUAGCUGGGAUGUUCUGCCCGCUGAAGUGGCCUCCCAAUUUUACCUGGUACUUGACAUUUCCAACCUAACCGCUCAAGAGAUGUCGCUCAACUAUACAGACACCAAGAAUAUACUCAUCGAGGCCAAAGAGAGCUGCCGUGUGCCCAUACCGGUGGAUCGCUGCUCCCUGGAGCAAGUGGUAGCCGCCCGGGCAGCCGAGGUAGCUGAGAAUCUGGAGAGGGAGCUCUGCUUUCGGACGCAGCUUCUGUCGUUUAAUGAUGCUCUGAGCAAGCUCUGUUCAAGUCACAUAGCUGAACGAGUGAAAAUUAAUUGGCUGUUGACGGGAACAGACAUUCAGGGAAUCGCCUCCCUGCGAGGCAUAGUUCUCACCCAGUCCAUGGUGGAUUUAACAGCUGUAUCGCCUUUGGAGUGGGCCAUCAGCUUCCAGGAGACCCCUGUGCAGCCGCACAGCGAGAUGGUGUGCACAGUGGGCCAGCGGUCGCAUCUUAGCAUUCAGCUGGCAAACCAAUCCCUGCAGCCGCUCAGAAACUUGGUGCUGAGCAUCAAGUUUUAUCAAGAUUACCUGAACGGAAUGGAGAAUUACAAUUUGGAGACACGCGUGGCCAUUUCAGGACCAAAUAGAAUUGCGAUUCCCAUACUGGAGAAGCAGGAGCAGAAACAGCACACUUGCUCUGUGAUAUUCUUUACACCCGGACGCUUCAAGGCCAGUAUCGAGUGUACCAGUAAUCCGCAGAAGCAAUUGGAGCAGCCGGCGCCUGUGCUAACCCGUUCCUGUCCGGUGGAAACCGAGAAAGUGGGACAGUCAGUCAUGUUCUCCUCCAGCUACGAUGAGCAGCAGGUUCACGUGUGGAAAUUCAUUCCGCCCAUCGAGGUGACCGUCGUGGAGCAGUGAAAUGUUAAAUGUCGCUAGUUUAAUUUCGUUAUAAAGUUUCUGUAUGUAUUGUGUAUACUCCCAAUCAUCCGCGUUCCCGUUAAAUAGUUUGAUUCCUCCGCUCUGUUAUAACUACAUAAAACAAAUACAAAAAUCAAUUGUUUGUAAAAAUUCUAAACUAGAAACAAAAUAUAACGUAUAACACUGUAUAUAAUUAAGCGCAAACACACAUCAUAUAUAAUGUACCCUAAGCUUGUUAGAGAAAAUGGCCAUAACAUAAAUCUUGUAGAGCAUAUAUCCCACGCCUGAAACACAUAUACAUAUUUAAACAAGCGUUACGCCGUGGUGUAUUUAUAUAGAUAGCAAAUGUUCCGCGCACUAAAAGCCACGCCAAGCAUUAUACAUUUUGAUAACAAACUCGUAUUUACAAAAUAUUUUUAUACAAUUACUGGGGCAAUACACAUGUAUCAUUAUUAACUAAAAAUUAAGAUUGUUGCUAAAGAAAUUAUGCCAAUGAAAUGUGUGAGUAACUGUAGUGUAAACGCAAUAAAACUCUAUUUGACGAAACAUGGAA